AUUCCACGGUAUUGCUCCUAUAUUGAGCGAGAAAUAAUAACGCUAAGAGAGAAAUGGCUGAUACUAAAUUGUACGAUUUAUUAGGAGUAUCAAGGCAUGCUUCUGACACUGAAAUUAAAAAGGCAUAUAGAAAAUUAGCCAAGAAUAUACCCUGAUAAAAUCCUACUGAAGGAGAAAAAUUUAAAGAAAUUUCUUUUGCAUAUGAAGUGUUAUCUGAUCCUAAAAAACGAGAGAUUUAUGAUCGUCAAGGCAUUAAAGGACUACAGGGAGGAGCAGAUGCUAGCAGCAUGGCAGCAGAUGAUUUGUUCAGCCAGUUGUUUGGUGGAAACCUUUUUGGUAUGGGAGGCAUGGGAGGAGGAAGACGACGGAAAAGAGGCGAAGAUACUGUUUAUCCACUGAAGGUUACUUUGGAGGAUUUGUACAAUGGGAAGACAUCUAAGCUAAAUCUAAAUAAGACUGUCAUCUGUAAAGCCUGUGAAGGAUUAGGUGGUCGACCUGGAGCUGUGAACAGAUGUACCACUUGUCAAGGUCGUGGUAUAAAAGUUACAUACAGGCAGUUGGGGCCUGGCAUGGUACAGCACAUGCAGACAUCUUGUACAGACUGUGGUGGUGAAGGAGAAGUAUUAAAUGAGCGAGAUAGAUGCAAAGUAUGUAAAGGAAAGAAAAUUGUUAAUGAAACUAAGCGUUUAGAAGUUCAUGUUGAUAAAGGGAUGCAAGAAAAUCAGAAGAUAUAUUUUAGAGGGGAUGGAAACCAGCAGCCUGGAGUAGAACCUGGUGAUGUAAUAAUUAUCUUGCAGCAAAUGCCUCAUGAGCGCUUUCAGAGGGAGGGUCCAGAUUUGUAUAUGUCUCACACUUUAACUCUCACUGAAGCUUUGUGUGGUUUCUGCAUGGUAAUCAAACAUUUGGAUGGUAGGAGUAUUGUUGUCAAGCAUGCACCUGGAGAAGUUAUUGAACCAGGUAACAUUUAA